GACGUGAAUGUAGUAAUAGUUGUUUUAAAUUUGGAACUGUGCCCGGCGGCUUUGGCUUUCCGCUCAGUCACAAGCCUAAACCAAAGAGUGCAUUUAGAAAUUUCGCGACAUUUCACCAUUUCAAUUAUAACUCCCGUAAAUUCUGUGUUUUAUAAAAUCUUGGAAAUUUCAAAGUGUAAAGUGAUAUGAGAAUGUGCUAAAAGUAAUGGGUUAACCCGUUUGUUUACGUGUGUCACGAUGAGGCGUCCGAAAUAGAUUCUUUUCUUAGGUAUCUGAUUGACCCCGUUGUUGGAGUUUAUGUCGGCCGAUACAGAAACGCUGCCAAAGGAAGAAAAGGGUGGUGAUGAGUAACGAGACAAAUGAAGAAAAUAAUGUCCUAACCCUGAAAAUUCCUAUAAUAAAAGCAGAAUCUGAAACCCAAACUAGUGGUCAUUUAGUCACAAGAAAAACCCCGGAAAAAGUAGAACCCGAAGACAUGGAGACUGAACAGAAACAACAAAUGUCAAUUAGGAAACGAAGAAAUUUAUCUAAAAAUAGAAGUCAAGCUGCAAGGCAAAGGGAAAAGACUCCCGAACCUGGCAGAACUCUUGUACCUCAUGAAGAUACGACUACAUCCGAUGACGAAGACGUACACCCACAGCGUAAUUCUCGAGAAAUUGAAGCUGAUAGCACUUAUGAAGAAAUGAAACGCAUGGUCCAAGAAAAAUCUAAUGUUAAAGAUCCAGUUUAUGAUUUAGAUACAGAGGAAGUUUUGGAAGCCAGAGCCAUGGCCGCUAAUGAAAGAAGACGUAGAAGUGUUUCUCCAUUUGCAAUUCCCGAUAAAGAAGAACUUUUACAACUACAAAGAAAAGGAAGUUUUAUUGAUCCAAGUAAUAAGUUAUUAAGCACAAAUUUAUACAGUUUGAACCUGAAAGACGAAGAACCAUCUCGGCGUAAUUCUCUUACAAUUGAUCCAACUAGAAGAAAUUCUUUAUCACCUCCAAUAUCUAGUACUGGCGCACCAAAAGAAAGUGACUUCAAUUUCCCAUUACCGACUACUCCUAAAAAGCUAGAAGAAAUGGUAUAUCCAGAUGAAAAGAAGUCUGAAGAUUCAGAAAAGAAAUCUAAAACACCUGUGAAAUCAGAACCAGUUUUCAGUUUUGAAGAAAAAGACAUCAAACAAAAUGUAAAAGCAACAACGCCUAAAACACCCGAAACUCCAGCACCAGCACCAGGUGAACUUGUGACGAAAGUAAUUGCAAUUGAAAGAACGCCAAGUAAGAAAUUAGUAGCGGAAAAGAAGCCAGUAGUCGAAGUGAGAGAACGUAUUGUUAGAACACCAAGUAGGAAAAUGUCAACAGAUGUAAGGCCGGUAAUUGCUAAACAAUCAGCCGCCAAACCAAAAGAAGAGCAACAAAGUAAAGUGCCACCAGUGAAGCCAGCACGAAGCAAGUCGGCAACUAGAUUUGGGAGUAAAACUAGUGAGAGUGAGAUGAGUGAAGACCAGAUAAAUCAACAAAAUUUCAACACGAGUGGAUCAAAACGCAAAGUUGUACCAACUCCGAGGCGAUUCGUAAGAAGUAGAUCUCCAAGAGCAAAUAGAUCUCAAUCUGUUAAUAGGGCAGAAGCUGUUCAAGUUAUAGAUAAAACAGGCACAGGCAUGAGUCAAACGAGUCGAGAAAUAAUCGAAUUAAUGCAAAAAGCACGAGCGCGUAGCCUUUCAAUACCAAAAGACGAUCCUCGACUUCCAGUAGAAUAUAAAAAUUACAGUAAAAAUUUACAAACACCGACAAAAACUCCUUCGACGCCUAGACAUCAACGAGGAAUAUCAUGCCCUAAAACUAUUCAAAUUAUAAGCGACAAAGAAAUUUUAUCAGGGUUGAAUUCAGGACUCAAAUUAAAACAAAAGAAAGAAACCGAACCUCAAAAACCCGCAAGAAGAAGAAGAAGUUCAGGCUAUAUAGAUGCGAGUCAAUCUGAAUACACAUCAAGUUGUUAUUCAACAUCACCAAGUGAAAAUGAAUUUGAUUUUGACUUAUCAGAAAGAACAGCAGAGUUGACUCGAAAAUUACAUAUUUUGAGCCAAGAAGCAGAUCAACGAGAAACUCUCAGUAAUAUACUUCUUGCGAAGGACGAUACUGAUAAUUUAAAAAAAGAAGUUCCAUUUUUACAAAAAUCUACUCUUAGGAAACGAUCUGUCGUUAAUAAUAAAAAUGAGGAAAAAAAAGAUAGCAAAGAAACACAACAGGCAGAGUCAGUUAAGUUGAAAUUGGUCGACAAAAACAAAUAUACUAAAAGUAGAUGGAAAUUAAUAGCGAAUUGGCAAGAAUUUAAACGCGAAUAUGAGCAAGAUUACACGAAAAUAAAAUUACAGCGCAAUAGAUGUGUUUGUGAUUUACUUUUGCUAAUAAUAAUGUGUGGAUUAGGUGGGAUGAUGUUCAAAUCUUUGGAGGGAUCUUUUGAAAAUGCUUAUAAAUGUGGGACGAGGGGUGUGAAAAGGGAUUUUAUUGAAAGUUUGUGGAGGGGCAGCCACUAUUUAAAAGAAGAGGAUUGGAAAUCGAUGGCUAGGAAGAAGUUGUUUGAGUUUGAGGAGCAGUUGCAUACGGCACACGAGGCGGGCGUGACGUCAUACAGCGGCCAGAGAUCCUGGAAUUUUAUGAAUUCUUUUGUUUAUUGCUUGACGUUAAUUACAACUAUUGGCUAUGGUCAUAUUGCGCCGAAGACGACGUACGGACGCGUCGCCACUAUUGUCUAUGCUAUCAUAGGCAUUCCUCUCUUCCUCAUAGUCCUAGCUGAUUUCGGCAAACUUUUUACAAGAAUCAUCAAGUUCUUUUGGGCGUUUAUCCGAAGGUUCUACUACACUAGGAGUUGCAGGAAGGUCAGGAGAACUGUGCCAGUUCAGGAAGUAAUGAAAGGCUUGAACAUCGUCUACGAUGUCGUCCGGAGGCCCUCGCAAAUCUUCUCAGAAGAGGAUUUGGAAAGGAAAGCUGGAGAUUCCCCACCAGUCCUUGAAAGGAAAUCCAGUGACGCACCUCCUCCGCUGCCACCUAAGCCUGGCCAGCUGAGCCAAACCAAAGAUGUUGAAAACGAAACAGAACCAGACACACCAGCGCCAUCUUUGUUUGAAAUCGACGAUGAAUUCAACCUCCCCAUUUCAGUGGCCAUCGUUAUUCUAAUAGUAUAUAUAAUUAUAGGUGCAUUUGGGUACUAUACUUGGGAGACAUGGAAUUUCUUCGAAUCGUUUUAUUUCGUUUUCAUAUCCAUGUCAACUAUAGGGCUUGGUGAUUUAGUUCCUGAUCAUCCGAUGUUUAUGAUGGCAUCCAUAUUGUAUCUUGUUUUCGGUUUGGCUCUAACGUCUAUGUGUAUAAACGUUGUGCAAGUUAAACUUUCGAAUACGUUCAAACAGGCAAGUGCGAAGUUAGGAGCUACUAUAGGAUUGAAGGUUUCUGAAGAAGAUGGUAGUUUAGUGCCGAUGACGCCACCGCCAACAGAAAUAGCUCCCGUCCACAAACCAAAAAAUGAAACAGAAGAAAAAGAAAGCAAAGGAGUUGAUGAGAGCGAUCCAAAGAAUAGAUAAGCUACGUUAAUGAUAUGAUGAGACCAUUUAAUUGAUUAUUUAGAAAUAAUGUAAAAAGUUACAGUUAUUUAAUACUGAUCAAUGAUUUAUAUAUUUUAUACAACAAUUUUUUUAUGAACAUUUAACAAACACUAUAAAGCUUGUAAUUUUUUUUACAAAAUCUAAAGACACAAAAAUAUUAUGUAAUCGAUGUUAUUGAUAUACAUAUAGCUGUAUAUCGCCCGCUACAGUAUUUAAUGUCAUCAAACACUGACAUAACCUUUGUCAACGAUGCAGAUAGGUCAGAUCAAUAAGUGCGAUGUAGAGAAGAUAAAGUCGCGCAGCCAACCUUUGGUUCCGAUAAUUAUUGUCUGAGGAAGAAAUCGGGAAAACACUCAGAUGAAAGAGACAACGAACAGAGAGAAUGUUUAGUAUUUUCAUUGCCUAGAUAUACUUUAGUCUGUAGUUACCAUGACAAAGUGAUCAAAAAUCUUUGAUGCCAAAAAGUUAUUGCAAUUGUUAUUAGUGUGUUGUAAAAAAAGUAUAGUUACUUAAUUGGUGCUAAUUGUGCUUCGUGUGGUUUGGUACGUUGGACCGGUAAAUUUGACCCUACCGAGAAGAUAAUAUUUAAUUAAACUUCAUUCAAAAACCUGGUACGGAUAUGUCCAGUAAAACAAAUUUAACUUACAAAGACCAGAAGAUUUACACCAUAAAAUAUAGGCAGACGAAUUAAAAAAAACAGGUCAAACAGGCGCAUCGAAUAACAGUAAUGAAUGAAUAAAUACAACUUUUUAUGAAGAUUGAAUAUAUAGGUCUUGAAAAUGAGGUUCAAUCGGUAUUUUAUUUUUGGGUCUAAUAUUUAAUGUCCAGUCGGUACUGGAACCUACGCGUUUUAGGUGAUACUGUUACUAAUUUUAUAGUUACAUUUUACAUUUAAUUAUGUUUGUUGAUGCGUGUGUAAAUAAAAGGUUUUAUUAUUUA